AAGGAUUUUCAUCCUAUUUUGGAGAUACAUUUAGAUCUGCAAUCCUGGAGAGAAAGACUUCUUAACCAUCCAGUCACUAAUGUAGUGCAUCCUCGGCAGCCAUGAAAACUGUGCCAACAGAGGGCAGGAGAUGCCAGGGCAAAUGAGAAGAGCAAUAAAUCAUUUGUGCAUUGUGAUAUGAUCUGUCGCUAUGAUGAAGAAUGUUUUCUUGCAAGACUUGUUUGGAGCCUAAAGACAAUCUCAUAUGAUUUCUAAAAAGAUCUUUUUUUGGAAAUACUAGCAAUUAUAAAGUUUUUUUCUUCCUCCCUUCCUCUUCAUCUCAAAAUAGAUACUCCUGAGAAGGAACGCACCAAAACCCCUGCUCCCACCUGGCCUACAAGAACUCUACGAUUUGAGCAUAUGGACAAAUACGGUGAAAUAUGUACACCCGUCACCCCACUGAAUGACAGCCAUGUAAAGAAAUCAAUUUAAAGGAUAUAAACGAACAAUUGCGCGCUCUUGGCGCAGCACAGCAUCAGCACCAGUAUCCGAUGCGCGCCCCCGCCCCGGUAGAGGCUCUACGAGAUCCCGGGAAGAACUGCUGGAGCUGCGCGAGUUAAAGUUGGGCUAAAAGGGGGUGAGAGGAUGCUGCAGAAGAAUCUACCGUCUAAUUAAAAUAGCCUAUGCGGAGAAACGUGUACUAAGUGAAGGAUGACUUGCAAAAUACUGAGCAUAUGCCUCUUGUUUUUGGGUUUUCAACAUUGCUCAUCACGAGAAUGUGUUGAUCCACUUGUCUCGGGGCUUUAUGCCUCCUCCUUCCUGGCCUCCUCCAGAUAUAACUUUUUGUACUCUGCCAAUUUUGCCAAAUUGUAUGGUAGCAGUGGCUGGUCCCCAUCCUCAAAUGACAGGCAGCCAUGGCUACAAGUAGACCUGGGCAGGAAGUACCGACUGGUGGCCAUUGCCACCCAAGGAACCUUCAACUCAUAUGACUGGGUCACCAAGUACACCCUGCUCUAUGGAGACCGGCGAGACUCUUGGACACCGUACAUCAUGAAAGGAGGAAACUCUACACUGCCUGGGAACUGGAAUUAUUAUCAGGUGAAGAGGAAUGUCUUCCAUUAUGCUUUCACUGCUAAACACAUUCGCCUGCUGCCUCUGGCGUGGAACACAGAGAAUAGAGGGAAGAUCGGAGUGAGGCUUGAGCUGUUUGGCUGCGCUUACGAUUCCUAUGUCCUACAGUACAACGGGGAUGACUCAGUGGUCUACAUGUACCCAGGAAAGAGGUCUCGCACACUGCAUGACCACAUCGCCAUAAAUUUCAAGACUCUGGAGCAGGAUGGCCUGCUGCUGCACAGUGAGGGGAUUCAGGGAGACCUCUUCAUGCUAGAGCUGAAAAAAGGCCGUCUCUACUUGCACAUCAGCCUUGGAAGUAGUGUAGUACACAAAGUAGAUGGUCGAACUACACUGACUGCUGGAAGCCUUCUUGAUAACCUACACUGGCACUAUGUCACUAUCAAGCGCUAUGGUAGACAGGUGAACUUAACAGUGGACAGUCACACAGUGACAGCCAUCUGUAAUGGAGAAUUUACCCACCUGGAUCUAGAUACACAGCUGUAUGUAGGAGGAGUAAUAGAGGACAACUUGCCUCACCUCCCAACCACACCAAAUUUCCGGGGCUGCUUGGAAAACGUCUUCAUCAAUGGUGUCAACAUCAUUUACAAGGCCAAGAGAGAAGAAUCUGACAUCCGCAUACCACGAAAAAAAAAGAUGCAUUUUGCUUGCCGUGACAUUCUCCUCAAGCCAAUGACCUUUGCUGGGCCCAACAACUACCUCCAGGUACCGGGCUUCUUCAGGAGACCUCGUAUGUUUGUCAAGUUCAAGUUCCGCUCGUGGGACUACACAGGGCUGCUAAUGUUCACGCGCUUUGCUGAUGACCUGGGUGCCCUUGAGUUGGGUCUGAGCGAGGGACAGAUCAACGUCACUAUAUUCCAGCCUGGAAAGAAGAAACUCCAGUUUGCUGCGGGUUACAGGUUAAAUGAUGGUUACUGGCAUUCAGUGGACUUGGCAGCCAGAGACAAUCUGCUGACCCUCACAAUCGAUGAAGAGGAGGGCUCUCCUCUGAAAAUCACCAACCCCUUCAUGGUUCGGACUGGGGACCGGUACUUUUUUGGAGGUUGUCCACAAACCAAUAACACAAUAAGGAAGUGUGAGACCAAACUGAAUCGCUUCCAUGGUUGCAUGCAACAUAUUUUCAUAGACAAUGAACAGCUUGAUAUUGACAUUAUUCUGCAGCGACAGUGGGGGCACUAUGCUGAGCUGUUGUUAGGCACCUGUGGUAUCACUGACAGGUGUAGUCCAAAUCCAUGUGAACACGAGGGCAGAUGUAUCCAGUCCUGGGACGACUUUAUUUGUCUUUGUGAGAACACAGGCUAUAAAGGAGAAGUGUGUCACAUGUCGGUUUAUAAAGAGUCAUGUGAGGCCUACAGACUCAGUGGAAAGUAUUGGUCUGGAAACUACACCAUCGAUCCUGAUCUCAGUGGACCACUGAAACCAUUUGAGGUGUACUGCAAAAUGAAGUCUUAUAAAGCUUGGACAGUGAUUAUGAAUAAUCGUGUGGACGGUACCAAGGUGACUGGCAGUUCAAUAGACCGGCCGUAUAUAGGAGACGUCAACUACUGGAAUGCCUCCUGGGAUGACGUUACUGCUCUGGCCAACACCUCCAUGUAUUGUGAGCAGUGGAUUGACUACUCCUGCUAUAAGUCUCGUCUCCUCAACACUCCCAAUGGAAGACCUUUUGGUUAUUGGAUUGGGCGCAACAAUGAGAGCCAUUAUUACUGGGGUGGGACAUUCAGGGAGGUACAAAAAUGUGGCUGCACCAUUAACCAAACCUGUAUUGACCCCAAGUUUCAGUGCAACUGUGAUGCUGACUACAGACAAUGGUACUCAGAUAAGGGCUACUUGGACUUUAGAGACCAUCUGCCUGUGAGGAGAGUGGUGGUCGGAGACACCAACAGGACUGGCUCAGAAGCACACUUCACUGUUGGACCCCUCCGCUGCCAUGGCGACAGAAACAUCUGGAACACUAUAGCCUUCACCAAGCCCACCCACAUAACCUUCCCCCCAUUCAGGCCUGGCUCCAGCGCAGACAUUUCCUUCCACUUCAAAACCUAUCGCGACCAUGGCGUCAUCUUGGAGAACUCUGAUGACCACCUUCGAAACUUUAUACGGAUAGAGCUCAAUAGUACCCAUAAUCUUUUAUUUAUAUUUAUGGUUGGUGAUGGGAUCCUUAAUGUGACCUUACAUUCCCCUGUGCCACUCAAUGACAAUGAGUGGCACUUUGUUCAGGCUGAGAUUAAUGUGAAGCUGGCCCGGAUAAAAGUUGAUUAUCAGCCUUGGGCUGUCAGACGUUUCCCAGGUCAGACCUUUGUCACCAUGAAGUUUACUAAUCCUCUUCUAGUAGGUUCAUCCAAUCGCAGUAAUUAUCCGUUCUUGGGGUGUCUUCGAGGGUUGCGGAUGAACGGUGUUCCUCUUGAUCUAGAAGGGAAAGUAAAUGAAGAACAGGGUGUAAGGAGGAACUGCACCGGAGAGUGUCUCAAUGCUACUAUACCAUGUCGAAACAGUGGCCAGUGUAUUGAGGGCUAUGCUUCCUACACUUGUGAUUGUAACAACACAGCCUUUGAUGGCUUCUACUGCCACAAAGACAUUGGAGCCUACUUUGAGAUUGGCUCGUGGCUCAGGUACAACAUACGAAAGAAACCCAUAUCAGAAGAAGCGGCAUGGGCCAACUGGAUUGACCCACAUUAUGACAACUUCAGCCUUGGCUACAAUGACACAGCAGAUGACAUAGAGUUCAGUUUCAGCACUGUCCACACACCAGCUGUGUUGCUCUAUAUAAGUUCCUUCAUCCAAGACUACAUUGCUGUCAUCCUCAAGAAUGACGGUAGUGUAGAUCUGAGGUAUAAACUGGGGCUCAUAACACACAAAUACCAGCUGACUCAUCGAAACCUGGCAGAUGGAUACCCCCACUAUGUCAACAUAACCAGACACAACAGAACCAUCAAAACACAGGUGGAUUACAUGGAGCCCAUAGUGGAAAAGAUAACCUUAGUGGAGGAUGCCAGGUUUGACUCUCCCAAGUCCAUGUUUCUGGGUAGAGUGAUGGAGGUUGGAGACAUUGACUAUGAGAUCCAGAGGCAUAAUGCUCCGGGCUUCAUAGGCUGUAUAUCUGGAGUGAGAUAUAAUGUCUAUGCCCCUUUGAAGGCCCUCUUCCGUCCCAAUGAGACAGAACCUCCAGUGUCAAUACAAGGCUAUGUGUCUGAGUCCAACUGUGGUGCCUUCCCUCCUGUCCUGGGUUAUGUGCCAUGGGAGGUAGACCCCUGGUUUACUGGCAUAGAGUAUUUUUAUAUUCAUGAUGACCUUGGCCUGUUUUGGAUAACAGUCAUUGUCAUCCUGGCACUGCUGCUGCUCUUUGGAGGCCUGUAUAGCAUCUAUGUCUACGCGUAUCAGCAGAAAGGCAGCUACCACACCAACGAACCCAAGAACCUAGAGUCUCCUAGCAGCUCCAGGCCACUGACCGCUGAAACCCUGAGGAGAGAAAAGAAGCACCUCCCUGAAAUUGAAGAGGAGUUCAGGAGUGACUAGCAUCAUAAGACCCAUGGGACAGUGGGUGGGGUUUCACUAGGGAUUGGGUAGAUAGAAAAAGCACUUCCAACAGCCACAAAUAUCUGUAUUACGUAUUCUAUUUCUUUACUUUUCUUUUUUUUUUACAUUUUGAGUUGUGUUCCUUUGCCCAGAAGAGUGGGAUUUGAUCCCUGGUGCUCUACAUAGUUCUUAUUUUGGUAAGUUCAGGUUUUGCAGGAUUCAAAGUUCAAUCAAGCCCCAAGUCAUGUGAGCAGCCAACAAGUCUUACACUGUAUUGCAGGGUGAAAUACUGAAGUGCCUCAUCUGAGCAAGCUUGAUCUGACGUAAUCAUAAUAGCUUAUUCAGAUAGAACACUGUGGGGGUUUAAAGGAUGUUUAAUUACAGCUGGAACAUAAUUUUAUUGAGUGAUUUCUUUUCUGAGCCAUGUUAAAAACCAGUUAAAGCUAUUAUUAUCUUACUGUAUAGAUUUGUCAUCCUAAAAUAUACCCUUUGAUGACAAUCUCUCAUUGAGCCAUAACCCAUCUUCAGCUGGUGUAUUAAAAUACUACAACAAAAACCCAAAUUUAGAAAAAAAUAAAAUAAAGUUCAUAAAUAAGAACAACCAAAUAAAGAGAGAACUUACUGACAAGCAUGGAGCUUUGAGAUGUCAAGCUUUGAAAUUAUACAUAAAAGGACUGUAAAAGGUACAUAUGCUUAUACUAGUUGUAUUUCAGCCUAUAUCAGUGCAUCACCUAUACAGAAUGGCACUUGUAAGUGGUUCAGAAUCACUUGUCAGUAGAUAGCAGCUUUGCUGAUUACAGUAUUCUCACAUUCUCAACCGUGGGGAUUCAGAAAUGAGUGUAAUGAAUAUGCUGUACCUCUAGGUGUGACAGCUCACAGGUGGUUGGUGUACUGCAGAAUCAAAACAGAAGUCAAUGUGAUGAAGCUUGCCAGGGACAGGAUGACCAAAAAUAUUUAAGUUCUCGUUUAUUUCUGCCAUACUUCUGGUUGCUUAUACUGAAGAUGCCAAUAGCUCGGUGCUACAGAGUGUCUGACUAGAAUCAGUCUUCUUAAAAACAUCUCCAACAAUAUGCAUUUUUAGGGAAACAGUUACUCCAUACGGUCUUGUGUUGACACAUACAUACUGUAUAAACACACAUGCACACACAAUUACAUAUGUAUAGGGGACCACAAGAGUGUAAAUGCUAAUGUUUUACUUCUAUUUCACACUGCUCAAAUAUUUUUGCAUAAUACUAUAGGACAGUAACUCACCACACUGUCAUCGCUGCUACUGUUUGUUUAGCUGCUUGCAGUCGAACGCUGAAAAUUCUAGUCCAAUGAAAUGUUCUUCUUCGACAAGAUAAAAUUUCAUUUGAUGCGUAGUGCAACCAACGCUUGGGGCUAUCAUCAGUCACUGCAGCUCUCCUUAAUACUAAAGCACUAUCGUGUAUGUGAAAAAGUAGGGGGGGAAUAUGAUAAAUCAGCUAUGCAUAUGUAGAGCAUGAGCGCACUUUGCAGUAACAUGCAAUAAUAUUAGCUUUUUUCAGCCACCAGUGAUGUUAAUAUGUUUUAUUAGCAGAUGCAUAAUAGCAAAUAGAAUGUAAUGAGUGUAUACAUGAUUAUAUGAAUAAUGUGUUAAGCAACUUUUUUAUUCCUAUGGUUUAUACAAAACAAGUUAAAAAUGUUAAACUGAGUGGUUCAAAUGUAAAUCCUUUGACUCUGUAAUGUAUGAGCAGACACUACAAUGAAGAUCUGAGUUGAUGUCUUCACUGUAGCUUGCUGAAAGCAAAAUUAUUUGUGAAAGCUUUUUAAAGUGCUCAGGAUAACGAAAGUACAGUACUUGAUCUCUGUAGCAUUAAUGGACAGGACUGUGCAAAGUUGUACAGUGACAGGAUGUACAGUAGGUGUAAAAACUGCAUAUACUAUAGAGGCACGACUUGCAAAUAAUGUAUGAAAAUGUACAGAUUCAGUCAAAGCUGGCAUUUGCAGGCUAUAUUUUUAAGAAUGCUAUAUGAAAUGGUGAAUGAAAAUGAAAAGUGAGCAAAGCAGAGUGAAAUUGUUGGUUUGUGAUUGAUACAAAUAAUAUUUUUUUGUUAAAUGGACAUUCACCAAUCCAAGUUUUUAUUUGGCGCAAGCCAGGAAACCUGAUUCACAUAUACUUUGUUGCCUAUUAGGACAAAGUUGACUUAUAUUCACUGUAAUCAUUGGUAAAUAGAUUAUAAACAUUCAGCCUAGCAGUGUCACUUCAUUGCAGCUCACUAGUUAAUUCAUGCGUGGUCCCUGGAGUGUGUGUAUGUGUGACUGACCGGAUGUGUAAAUGUUUCUGUAGUCAUAGUUUGUCCACUAAGGUACAACUUAUUAAAUAAUAAUUCUCAUUACAAACACCAAUAUGCAUACUGAUGCCAUUUGUAAUUACCUACUCUACUGCACCAACUGUAGUACAGUGAGACAGAAACAAGGCAAAGUCAUUGAAUUUGUGCUGAACUGGCCCUGAAGUGUGUCCAUCCUGCUUCCUAAUAAUAGAGGCAAGGACAUGGGUAAAAUAGAUUAAGAUAAAAUGGCCAAUAGAUGGAGUAAGCCAGCAGAAUCUUAGCUAGGUAUGUGCUGAAUCCACAACAUGUAAGCCUUCUGAAAUACUCGUUAAUGCUUCCUAGAGUUAAACCUAAGAUUACUAUCAGAAUUAAAAGAUAUAUUUAAAGGGACAUACAGUUAAAUUAGUUUCUCUUUUGUGUUCUGAAAGCUUGAACACUGGUUUACUGGAUCAGCAGAUACCCUAACAGUGAUAUUGUGCAUGAAAUCGGAAGAUAAAGCACCGGAAUGAGGAGCAGGCAGAGUCGAAUUUUCUGCAGCACCAAACCGAUUCCUUCUGCAAAAAAGUACCAGAAAUUAUGGUUACAUAUGUGUUGGUGGUCGCACUGAAUUUUCAGAAUUGUUUUUUUUCUUCAGUAUGCUCAAUUUUCUUAUGUAAUAUUUUCACUGUAAAUGACCAUUACUGUGUAAAUCAAAGGGAAGCCAGACUGUCACCUCAACAAUAAAAGAAGCUAA